AUGUCGGAGCGGGACGCCAUCAAGCGUCAUCCUGGAGACCCGCGACCGCAGCUGCCGCCACGCGCUCAGCUCCACGAGUGGCGCGGCAGCGCCGCGUCGGACGUCAUACGGCGACGCGCGGGUCGGGCCGGUCCCACCCCGCCAUGGCCGGAGCUGCGGGUCGUUGUCCGUCCGGCAGCGCGGGAGCCGCCCGCCGCCCGCUGCGCCGCCGCGCCUUCGCCGAGGCCUUCCCGCGAGGCGAGGGAUCCGCCCCGGCCGCCGCCGCCUGACGGGACAUGCGUGGAGGAGCAACUGAGACCAGUGUACCUGCAGGUGUGGCUGCUUCGAUGCGUGCAGAUAGAACUGCUGUCAUCCAGAAGGUGCUCUGAGCUGGAAAAGAGGACUGAGGUAUACAACAGUAAGAAAAACAGUAUGAUGGGUUCAGAAGGCUUUUCCCCAGGAAGUUCAGAGGAAGACCCAAGCAGUGACGUUACGGCUACCUCUAGCAAACAUUACCUGUGUGGUUACUGUGCAGCAUUCACAAACAUAGCAGUUACUUUUCCCAUCCAGAAGGUCCUCUUUCGACAGCAGCUGUAUGGUCUGAAAACAAAGGAUGCAAUACAACAGCUGCAGAAAGAUGGCAUUCGAAAUCUCUACCGUGGCAUCCUCCCACCCUUGAUGCAGAAGACGACCACGCUGGCUCUCAUGUUCGGCUUGUAUGAGGAUUUCUCCUCCUUGCUCCACAGCCACACGACUGCUCCUGAGCUCCUGACACGCAGCAUGGCAGCAGUGCUUGCAGGGACCACAGAAGCUGUUCUUACGCCCUUUGAGCGAGUGCAGACUUUGCUUCAGGACUACAAACACCACGAUAAGUUCACAAACACGUACCAGGCUUUCAAGGUACUGAAAGUCUAUGGGAUGAGAGAGUACUAUCGGGGAUUGGUGCCUAUUCUGCUCCGAAAUGGGCCCAGUAAUGUACUCUUCUUCGGCCUCAGAGGACCUAUUAAACAGUGUCUGCCUGAAGCAACUUCUUACAGCACUCACUUGGUUAAUGACUUCAUUUGCGGAGGGCUGUUGGGUGCCAUGUUGGGAUUCUUGUUCUUCCCAAUGAAUGUUGUAAAAGCUCGCAUGCAAGCUCAGAUCGGUGGUGAAUUUCAGUCCUUCUCGACAGUUUUUGUGAAGAUCUGGCUUGAGCGUGACAGAAAAUUGAUCAAUCUUUUCAGGGGAGCCCAUCUGAAUUACCAUCGUUCAGUCCUGUCCUGGGGCAUAAUCAAUGCAACUUACGAGUUCUUGCUAAAGCUGUUAUGAAAAACACUUAUUUUCUUCGUCCCAUCUAUUCAUUUGGUUUCUGCCAUAUUUGAUGAUGCUUGAUCCCUGGGAGCAGUGCCUGCAUAGCGUGAAAGGCAUUUGGUCUUGGCCUUCACUGCAUAUGGGGUGAAUGGUGAUACAUCCAAACCUUGGUGCAAUUACGAGUAGCUUCUUAAAUUAUUUAUUUGCUGGCAGGUGGAUUUACCCAUAAGGAAACUACUAGACAAACAGAUAAAAACAAAACCAAAAAAACCCACAAACUCAUCUGUCAGUCCAGUGGCUAGUUCAGUAUCACUCCCAGAAGUUCCUAACACUCCAUGACUGAGUGCGCUCCACUGUGUACCUUGUAGAACAUGAAAGUCAGGGGGAGGCUGAUGGAAAUUCAUUCCCUUAUUUGAUGACCUUCAGAAUGCUGAUGUAAGAUUACAUAUCUCAGAUAGAUGUAGGCUCCUGAGUGCUCACUGUUGCUCGUGGCCAAAUGGACAACAGCUCCAGAGGAGGAUGACCGAGUUCCUGAGUUCUGUGCUUAAACAAAGCCUAUGCCAAGUCUCCUGCUGGCCGCUUGGAUGCUCGGCUUCAAGCAGAACGUUUCAUUCGGCAGCAUAAAAGCAGGUACUGAAUGUUGCCUUCAGUGUCAUCUGACUCAGAUUUCUGUGUGCACGAAUGUAGGCACACGGUUUCACGUGAAAAGGGAAAAGUGGAAGGAGAGAAGCAGCAAGUAUGAGAAAGCUUUAAAGUGUCCUUCCUUGUUAUAAUCCUUCUACUUGUAAAUGCGGAGCUUGUUCUGCUUUUCUUUUUUUUUUUUACUACUUCUUUUUCUAUUGUUCUACAGCUGUGAGGCCAGAAAGAAGACGUCUCUUUUUGUAAUGCUUAUUAUAAAAUAGUUCAUUUUCCUGUAUUUUCCUGUUGUGAAAGUAGUUCUCAGGCAGCUCUUUUCUACAGAGGUAUCUUGUCUUUUGAAGAUCGCUGGUGUUUCAUCAGAGCUGUGACAUAACUGAUCACAACAAGAUUUUUUUUUACAGGAAAGCCGGAGCUCUGUCUCCUUGAUGUGUACGUUUAACAGUUCUGUAAGACAGAAUUGUACUGUAGCACUAUCAGGAUUAAAUUCCUGGGUAAUACCCACUGGGGUGAAGUCUGCGAUUGUAGUACCAGGAGGCAGACAGAGAUGACCUUUGGAAUGAUGCAGCACUUGGAGAAGCACUGAUGGACUUCUGUGGGCAAGUGCAGAUAAAGAUGUACAGAAAUGUGUGUUCUGUGUCCUACAGAUGUGAGCGGUGGGAGUUGUGAGGCUGUAGGCCUUGGAGAAAGGAGCAGGAGGGGGAUAGGCAUAGCCAGACCAGGAAAGGGUCUUAAUGAAAAACACUUGGUUGUCCUGGGAACUUUAUGUCAUUAUGUUAUAUUUAAAAACAGAAAGAAAAAAAAAAAUUAAAACAAAACAACCUCACCACCUAUUCUGAAAGAUGGGGAUAAACUUUUACCAAGUUGCUCUUUUCAUAAGCUUUGUAGUGGUGGUUAUUUUUUGUUUGCUAAACUGUCACAAAAUACUUGCUCUAAUCAGUGUGUCAUGAUUAUGAUCCUAAUGAGGUCCCUAGCUUCACAGCCCAAAAGGGCCCAGCACAAAUGAGCAUUGCUAUAUCUGAAUGUUGUGGUUAUUUGCAUUGAAAUAAAAUGUUUAUUGAAUGUUUGUUACUGUCAGAAUCUGAUUUUUACCAGUGUAAUGGUUGUGAAUUUAUUUAAUCUCUCCUUGAUGGAAUAAAAAAAGUAGAUUGUUUUUCCCUUGGAAGACAUAAUCUGAAGAGUUUACGCAGUUUGACCUAAGCUAUCACUAAUGGAUGGUGUUAAUUACAGUUGGGAAAAUGACAGUUGCAAUCCUUAUCUGUUGCUGUCUGGUUGUGCAGAAGUUAGAUGGAAAACAGUGUAUGUAUGUCAUGAUAGAACACUGUUCCAGUAUAGUCUGUUUUGCUUUGUAACUACAGAACAGUGACAGUAAUUGUCUGUUUAACAAAUUACAGAUCUUUUACUUGUUAAAGAACAUACGAGUAUGGAGUAAAGAGGGAGAGCUUUGUCAGGCUACACACCUUAAAUUAAAGUGAUGUGGGAAACAUGGUGCACUGAGCAUGCUGUGUUGCCAUCCUGGCAGACAGCACAGAGUCAGCUGUGCUGCUUCAGCUACUUCAAGCUGGGCUCAAGGCUGUUUUCCAUUACUAUCAAACUGAUUACAACCACACCAUGCUGACAUUCAAGAGUGGAAAUGGUAUGUGACUUCAAGGCUGUUGUCUGGAGGCCAGGAGAGCUCAUCUGCAAACAUCACCAGCUGUCAGCACUUCCAUGUACAGUUGGUUAGGGCGGCUGGAACUAGAUGAUCUCUUAAGGUCCUUUCCAACCCAAACUACUCUGAAUCUAUGAAACUGCUUAGGCUGCGAGGUCCCAUCCAACCCAAGCCCUUCUGUAUAAUUAUCAUCCGUAAUUACUGUAGCUGCACCUAGGCCUGGCUUUCUAGGCUCUUGGAAGAACACGUUCCAUCCUACAGCUGUGCUCAAGCUAAACCAACACCAGAGGGAAACACACAGAUGCAGAUGUCACUCCAAGUGUGGCUCUUUCCCCCUCAGUUCCAGUGAAUAGGCAAGAAGCAGUGAGUGUUACAGAACACAGCUCAGUGUAAGACAAAUACAUUAAAAUAGAUUUUAAUUCACUGAGUUAUUAAAUGUUUAAUUUAUUAUGCAAGCAAGGAAAACGUUCCACAAAUAGUAAGUUACUGUACGGCUGUAAGUACAAUAUAUUCAGAGCAGUUCUGAUACUUUUAUAUUGUAUGAAAAGGCUACACUUCAUACUACGAAAUCUCAGGUAUUUCAAAAUAUUUACAUGCACAAUUUGUUCUAGUAUUAAAAACUUUACACUUAAAUGAAGAUACCUAGUGCAUAAGAAAAUGCACCAUUGACCAAGAUCAGGAAAUUAGAAGUUUCUUUCUCUUGCAGGACAAAAAUAUUAGGGUUCUCAACCUUCUUUUACUCCUACUUCUUAGAAUCUUGUAAACUAGAAUUCUUAAAAGCUUUCAAGAGGGCAAGUUAUGGAGCAACAGGUCCACGUUUCGUGGUAUUGGGACCUACUGCACAUCACUGUUGCCCAAAUAAACAACAACAACAACAA